GUUGAACUACCCAUUUUCCAAGUAGAACAGCCCAUGAUUUUGGAAAAUAGAAGGCCUUUGAUAGUGUGACCUUAGGAUGACCCUGGAUCAUUGGUUGCUGAUGCUAUCGUCAUGCUAAUAAACAAUACGUGAGGAGACGACAGAAGAGCGAAUGGCCUGAAAUAUUUGCGAUCAACUUGUUUAACUCAGCGUAUUUUAUAUUCUCUGAAAUCUCCUGAUCGCUGUUUCAAUAGGUUUAUAUGUUUAUACCAUUGUACCUGUGAAAAUUUUAUAUGAUUGGAAUGAAAGACGUCAUAUUCCAAAAUGCUUGGAUUUUUUCGAAAGCUUCCAGGCACCAAACGCAAGCUCUCGAAUGUGCAGUAUCAAAUUGAGGAUAUCUUUAAACGUGGAUGCAGGUAUCUUUGUUCUGUUACUUCAGUGCCAUCUUCAACCACCAGUAAUCAAUAUGAAAAACUGAGUUACUUUCAUGGCAUACCCAGUAAAGCACUUCUUGGUUCAACUAUUGGACAAAUUGUAGAUGUGACAUCUGAAAAACAUCCAGAUCGUGAAGCAUAUGUAUUUUGCGAAAGUGGAAAAAGAGCUUCAUUUGCUGAACUUAAAAGCAAGACUGAGCAACUUGCCUCAGGUUUCCUGGCUCUUGGUCUGAAGAAAGGUGACAGAGUUGGAAUUUGGGGUCCUAAUGUUGAGGAAUGGAUAUUAGUGCAAUUUGCAACUGCUAAAGCAGGGUUGAUCUUGGUAAACAUUAAUCCUGCUUAUCGAGUUGCAGAAGCAAAAUAUGCUUUCAGAAAGGUGGGAUGUAAAACUUUAAUAUCAGUUGCACGCCAUAAGACUUCUGAUUAUUAUAAUAUGUUGUGUCAAAUUGUGCCGGAAUUGCAAAAUAGUACUCCAGGAACCAUGAGAAGCACAAGUCUACCAUUGCUUGAGCACGUGAUUAUUAUUGGAGAGGAAAAGUUCAGCGGCACGUUCUCCUUCAACGAAGUAAUGAAUUUAGGUGGACAGAGUGAAAAAGAAGACCUAGACUCUAUUCAGCGGACACUGCAGUUUGACGAUGCAAUCAACAUUCAGUUCACUUCUGGUACAACAGGUCAUCCAAAGGGUGCAACGUUGACUCACCACAACAUAGUUAAUAACGCCUUCCUCAUUGGUUCAACUGUUAAAUAUGCGGAGCAUCUAACUAAAAUAUGCAUUCCUGUUCCACUUUAUCACUGUUUUGGCAUGGUUCUCGGCAGUCUCUCGUCAGUAGUAUUUGGUGCUACUGCCGUAUAUCCAAAGUCUUCUUUCGAUCCUCGAGCGUCCCUUGCGGCUGUCCAAAAUGAAAGAUGUACAUCACUUUAUGGAACACCAACCAUGUUUAUUGAUAUGCUGAAUCAAGAAGAUGUUUUGAAAUAUGAUCUGAGUUCCUUACGAACUGGGAUUAUGUCCGGAUCUCAAUGUCACAUUGAAGUUAUGAAUGCAGUUAUUCAUAAGAUGCACUUACCCGAAUUGACGAUUGCCUAUGGUUUGACGGAGCUAUCUCCAGUGUGUUGUCAAACUCAAAUUGAAGAUCCAAUAGAACUCCGUGUUUCAACUGUGGGGAAAAUGCUUUCAUGUACUGAGGGCAAGAUUGUGAACGGGAAUGGUGAAAUUCUGCCCGUAAAUGAAGAAGGUGAAUUGUGUGUUCGUGGUCAUGGUGUUAUGUUAGGAUACUGGGAAGAUGAGGAAAAACCCGAAGCGAUAGACGCAAAUGGUUGGCUGCACACUGGCGACAAGGCAUCCAUGGAUGAAAAUGGUUAUGUUAAAAUUGUUGGUCGAAUAAAGGACAUGAUAAUUAGAGGUGGGGAAAAUAUUUAUCCCAGUGAAGUUGAACAAUACUUACAUAAACAUCCUAAGGUUCAAGAAGUAGAGGUUAUUGGUGUGCCUGAUAAAAGGAUGGGUGAAGAAGUUUGUGCUUGGAUACGGUUAGUAAAGGGAGAGACUGCUACGGAUGAUGAACUCAAAGAAUUUUGUCGAGGAAAGAUUGCCCACUUCAAGAUUCCUCGGUACAUAAAGUUUGUCGAUGAGAUGCCGAUGACUGUAACUGGAAAGGUAAAGAAGUAUGUGAUGCGUGAGGUAUCAAAAAGAGCUGGGACUAGAGUAGUCGUUCCAAAUAGCGUUUGAUUGACAACGCUUCGUAAUUGGUAUUUUAUUUUUUUAGAAUUCCACCUUUAUUUGUGCUAAUUAUGAUUAUUUUUUUAGCUAUAUGUACAAUGCUAACUGAGAUUAGCUAUUAAUAUAAAUAUAUAUGUUAUAUGUAAUUAAGGUAAACCUUUUACAAAGGAUUAUGAUCAGGCCAUUGAUCAUGUGAUACAUGGAUAUUUUGGAUCAAACGUGAAUAUACAUUCAUACACAAACAUCAAGACAGAAACAUAAACGCACAGUCAUCCUAGAAUGUUGAUCAUUGGCAUUUCUUCAAAAUAAUUUUCAUACAAGAGUGUACCCAUCAACCCCUUCAAUUACAAUUAUUAUUCUUGGAAACAAAAGAGCUUUAUUAAUAAUUAUGAACAUUAGCUACUAAUUCCACAAAACAUUUACUGUUAAUCACACAUAAUAUCAAUAAACUAAGCUAAUGUACAGAAGUCAAUACUAUGUAUUUCUUAGUUAAAUGGAAAUAUUAAUUUUUCAAAUGAAA